GAGUGGACAAGGCUACACAUACAGUUCAUUCUUAAGAGAAGACUUCAGCUCUACUGGUCUCUUUGUGCACUUACCAUACUCAGACACAGCUGUAUCAAACACAUCGGUGAAUAUGUAUCAAAUUGAACUGACACAAAAUCCUCUGGAGAAGAUCUGGGUGCCAUGGGUGAGCAGUAGGUUGAGACGGCGAAGAGGCUCAUCAGUACCACAGUUCACCAACUCGCCCACCAUGAUUGUGAUGGUUGGUCUGCCUGCCCGUGGAAAGACCUACAUCUCAAAGAAACUCACACGCUACCUCAACUGGAUUGGGGUUCCCACCAGGGUGUUUAAUGUUGGACAGUACCGCAGAGAUGCUGUACGUACCUACAAGAGUUUUGAAUUCUUCCGCCCAGACAAUGAAGAGGCCAUGAAAAUUCGCAAAGCGUGUGCUCUGGCGGCGUUGAAGGACGUCUUUUGUUACUUCACUCAGGAUCAUGGACAAGUGGCAGUGUUUGAUGCGACCAACACAACCAGAGAACGUAGAGAGGUGAUCCUCGCCUUUGCUAAAGAGAAUGGCUAUAAAGUGUUUUUUGUUGAGUCUCUUUGUGAUGACCCAGAAAUCAUUGCAGAAAACAUCAAGCAAGUGAAGCUGAGCAGUCCUGAUUAUGUUAACUGUGAUAAAGAGGAGGCUGUGGCUGAUUUCCUUAAGAGAAUAGACUGCUACAGACUCACAUAUGUUCCUUUAGACGAUGACAAAGACAGGUACUUGUCAUACAUCAAGAUCUUUAAUGUGGGCAGUAGGUACCUGGCUAAUCAGGUUCAAGAUCAUAUUCAGAGCAGGAUCGUCUAUUAUCUGAUGAACAUCCAUGUCACACCUCGCACUAUCUACCUCUGCCGUCAUGGAGAGAGUGAACUCAACCUUUUGGGGCGUAUCGGAGGGGACUCCGGCCUCUCGGCACGAGGAGUGAAGUUUGCCGAAGCUCUAGGCACAUACAUCAGGGGUCAGUGCAUCCUGGAUUUGAAGAUCUGGACCAGUCACAUGAGGAGAACGAUCCAGACCGCAGAGGGGAUUGGAGUGCCUUACGAACAGUGGAAAGCACUGAACGAGAUUGAUGCAGGUGUGUGUGAGGAGAUGACUUACGAAGAGAUUCAGGAUCACUUUCCUGAGGAGUUUGCUCUCAGAGACCGAGACAAAUACCGGUACCGCUAUCCAAAGGGUGAAUCCUACGAGGAUCUGGUUCAGCGUUUAGAGCCUGUGAUCAUGGAGCUUGAGCGGCAGGAGAAUGUUCUGGUCAUAUGUCAUCAGGCUAUCAUGCGCUGUCUGCUGGCGUACUUUCUAGACAAAACUUCAGAAGAGCUGCCUUAUCUGAAGUGUCCUCUGCAUACGGUGAUGAAACUCACCCCUGUUGCCUAUGGCUGUGAAGUUGAGUCUAUUUUCCUGAAUGUUGAAGCAGUAAACACACACAGAGACAGACCCGUGACAAAGGCAUUAGUGAGGGUCAGAUCCUGAUGGUGGAUUAUGGGGCCUUGCUCAUUUCUCCAAAUCAUCCCAGAGAAUGUGGCUGUGGACAGAGAUCCAGAGGAUGCUUUACUGACUGUACCAGAACACGACUAGACAAGACCACAAGAAAUACACCUGUUCAGUUCUCUAAAUGAUUUCAUGUAUGUGUAGGGCCUUCUGGCCUUGGGAAUAACUGUUUAAAAUUUGCAGUAAUUUUGGGGCGAGUGGUGUUAUUCACCGUCAACAGUGUAACUCAGAUUUUGUAUAAAAUUACACGUGAAUGAGAAAUGCCAACUAUUGUAGAUUCAGUUAAUUAGAUCUAUACAUUCAUGUCAUGAAAAUGAAUUAGUUAUGGAAGGUGUAUGUGUAAAGUGAAAGAUUAGAAGGUCUAAUUGUGCACUUGUUAUGAUGCUCCUGCUUUAUGAGUCAAAUUACUCUCAGUCCAGAGACAUCACCAGAUCAUUUUAUCUCUCAAACUGCACCUCAUUAAAAGUGAAGACAGUAA